GCCAAUGGGCGUCACUCUUGCUGAACACUUCCUUUCCAAUCUUCUGUGGCAAGAGCAUUCGGAGGCUCAUUUCCGGAAAACUGACGUCACGCAUUACGGGUUCCAACAUGGAGGCGACUAAAAGAAUGGAGGAUUCGGUUUCCGGGGAAUUGGUGUCAGUAGCACAUGCUCUUUCUCUCCCAGCUGAAUCUUACGGCAAUGAUCCUGAUAUUGAGAUGGCUUGGGCCAUGAAAGCCAUGCAACAUGCUGAGGUCUACUACAAGCUUAUUUCAUCAGUUGACCCACAGUUUCUGAAGCUCACGAAAGUUGAUGACCAAAUUUAUUCUGAAUUUCGGGAACGAUUUGAGAAUCUCAGGGUAGAUGUAUUGGACCCAGAAGAGCUGAAAUCAGAAUCAGCUAAAGAGAAAUGGAGGCCAUUCUGCUUGAAAUUUGAUGGGAUUGUAGAAGAUUUCAACUAUGGUACUUUACUGCGACUGGAUUGUUCUCAAGGCUACACUGAAGAAAAUACCAUCUUUGCCCCCAGAAUACAGUUUUUUGCCAUUGAAAUUGCUCGAAAUCGGGAAGGCUGUAACAAAGCAGUUUACAUUAGUGUUCAGGACAAAGAAGAGAAAGGAACCAGUGAUGAAGAAGAAAGUAGAACUCAGAGUGAAGAAGAAAAGGGAAAAGCCAGCAGAGAAGAAGAAAAAUAGAAGCUAAUAAAGAAGUCAUUAAAAGUGGUGAAACAACUAUGUGUGGUGGACAGGAAACAUCUUUCUAGAAACUGUGACUCAACUAAACUUAGAAGUAGCAUGCUACUACUUGCAGACUUGCGAUUAAGUGUAUUAUGUCCUUGUGCAGUUGA